UCUUAUAAAAGAAAGAAAAGAAAAAAGAGUAGAAAAAAAGCCAGAGCCUGUAACGUCUUUAAGAACAAAAAGGUUUCUGUUGUAAACCGCGUUUUUUCAGACAAAACAUAAAAAAAUAUUUUUUUUCUCCACAUCCAAAAUUCCAAACCAAAGCUCCUUUCCCGCCAAUCCUUUGGAGCAUCAUCGUCCCUUGUUAUCCCACAUUUUCUUCCUUUUAAUACCUAAAUUUCGGAUUUUUCUCUCCUUUUUUUUUCUUCAAAUUUGAUUUCUUCUUUUUAGAAUGAUUUCUAGCCAUGCGUUGGUUUCAGAAUAUUUCGUUUUCUUCUUCUUCUUCUUCUUCCACCACCGCCGCCACGUCGGGAACUUCUAGGGGGAAACAUUUUCAAGGUGAUAAUCAUAAUUAUAAUCAGCGUAAUCACAAUCAACGUCCCAAUUCUCGUCACUUGGGGUUUCGCAUUGCGGGACCUAGGCUGGCUAGGCAAAGGGAGCUGAGGCAUCUCACCGACCAGGAAGUUCCGUUUUCGUCGUCGGCUCCUGCUCUGACGACAACAUCGUCGGCGUUGGCGGUGCCAUUGCCGCUUCCGCUUCCGCUUCCGGUUCCAGAAGGAGACGGGGAGCAACGGUUGCCAUCGCCGAAUGAGGUUGGACAUGGUAAAGGUUUAGAGGAAAGAGAUAGAGAAAAAGUAGAUGGAACUCCUUCCAAUUCGAGUGUGUUUGCUUCUCGUGGCUCAAGGAAGACAGUGGAGCAUGUGGACACAAGAUCAUCCUCUAGGGUGGUACAUCAAGAAGUGAAUAAAGGGGAUAGUUCUUUGGAUGAGUUUAGGGUGCAUUUUCCUAUUAGCAGUGCUCCUACGAGUCCAUUCAGCAGUCCUGCAAUUACCCCACACAGAAAGAGUACCGGUGACAUGUUUCCACAUUGCAUGGUUCCUACAGGUAAUCUAGUCUGGUCCGCACCAGAGAUGCCAACAUUAGACGUUCCAGGGCUUCGUCCGCCAGCAUUCUAUGAUUUCAAUGCAUUUAGCACCGAUAAUACCCCACUUCACAGUCCACCAAAUAGAAGUCCUCGUCGAAAUAAUAGAAGCCAAAGUGGAUCUGCUUCACCAAUACAUUCAUCGCGACCUGAAAGUAAUGGCCCUAUCUGUGUCCAUCCAUUACCUCUUCCUCCUGGAAUGGCUUCACCAUCAGCUUCUAUUGCCCAAGUUUCAACUAAAGCAGAAGCAUUGCCAAUGAAUUGUCAAUGGCAAAAGGGCAAGCUUAUUGGGCGUGGUACAUUUGGAAGUGUUUAUGUUGCCAGUAACAGAGAAACUGGAGCUUUAUGCGCAAUGAAGGAAGUUGAGAUAUUUCCUGAUGACCCAAAAUCCGCAGAGUGUAUAAAGCAACUAGAGCAGGAGAUCAAGGUUCUUAGCCAGCUUAAGCAUCCAAAUAUAGUUCAGUAUUAUGGUAGUGAAAUAGUUGAAGACAAGUUCUAUAUAUAUCUGGAGUAUGUUCAUCCCGGUUCAAUUAAUAAAUAUGUCCGUGAUCACUGUGGUGCCAUAACAGAAUCUGUUGUUCGCAAUUUUACUCGCCAUAUUCUUUCUGGGUUGGCUUACCUGCACAGCACAAAGACAAUCCACAGGGAUAUUAAAGGGGCUAAUUUACUUGUUGAUGCAUCUGGAGUUGUCAAGCUCGCUGACUUUGGGAUGUCCAAACAUCUUAGUGGACAAAGCGCUGAUCUAUCUUUGAAGGGAAGCCCAUACUGGAUGGCUCCAGAGCUCAUGCUAGCAGUGAUGCAGAAAGAAAACAGUUCUGAUCUUGCACUGGCCGUUGAUAUUUGGAGUUUGGGUUGCACAAUCAUCGAAAUGUUCACUGGUAAAGCACCAUGGAGUGAGUAUGAAGGGGCUGCUGCUAUGUUUAAAGUGAUGAGGGAUACCCCUCCCAUACCUGAAACAUUAUCACCCGAGGGGAAGGAUUUCCUGCAUUGUUGUUUCCAAAGAAAUCCUGCAGAGAGACCAUCUGCAAGCAUGUUACUAGAGCAUCGAUUUGUCAAAAGCUCACCACAGUCGGGUGCGUCAUCAAGCACCUCAUCAAGCACUUCAUCCUUUAAUGGGAUAAAAUCCAUGGAUAUGCCCUUUAGUCCAAGAGAGCGAUCUGAAUUUAAACUGGAUCAACUGCCAGUGCAGCAAAGCUUGCGAAGUACAAAAACUGUGACCUCUGACAGUAAGACAGCACAACGAUCUCAUUACAAGAGUUCCGACUUAACAGUGGCCCCUCGUUAUUCUCCUCGUUCAACGCUUGAGGCUCUUCCUAGUUUUUCGCCUCCACGCUCAGGUCCAAAUACUCAUCAUCCCAGUCCUUCUGGUACCAUUAAUAGAUCUAUCAACCAGGAGUCUAAGAAGAACCAUAUUUUAAAAUAACAUUGAAGAGAGGAAGAAACAAUGUACAGCAUUUUCAAGGUUUAUCUGACAGGGCAGCUUCAAGCAUUGCAUUGGAGACCUUAAAAGAUGCCGUCUGACUUGUGGCCGUGGAGAGCUGAAGUAAAAGCUCCCUACUUGAUCUCUAUCAUCCAUGCCCUCAUUGAAGCUCCUUAAGCCUUAUCAUACUGGAAGCAUAUCCGGAAGGACAUACAUAAGCAGGUUUUUGUAUACUAUGGAAUAUUUUUUAGAGCUUCCGAAAUUUAGAAAGCUCUUUUUUUUUUUUUUCAUGUAAAUCUUACCAAAGGUUACAUGAAACCCGAUAUUUCACGAGUGGAAUCAAUUAGUUUGAUUUUAGAAGGUUUAAGUUAGCCAUAUAUCAUUGUUUUUAGUUCCCACAUCUUGGGCUUAGCUUUUUUGCAAUACUUUUAAGUGAUCCACGACAGCCAUCAGGCCCCUAAUUGCCCUUUUGAAGGAGAGAGCUAGAAAAGAAGGCAAUCGCCAUGAUACCACCAAGCCAUAGUUAAAACAGACAAGUCUGAACCAAAUUCCAGUAGGCCUUAUCGAAAUUGACCGACACCAGAUCGGCAGCAUGUUGAGUUUUCAUUUAACUGAGACCCCCGGCCUUGUCAAAUUAGUAAUCAGAUAUUAUUACUAAUUUUUUUAUUUCCAAAGGAACACAUUUUAGAGUUAUCCUCAUUUUUGGUAUAUCAAUCAAUUAUAAGUGGCUUUUAUUUGUUAAAGUUUAAUAUUCUCGU